AUGUUGCGUGAGAAACAUGACAACCCCGUGUUUUCUCUCUUCUGUUAAUGCCACAGGUGUUUUGAAACACCUCUGGAAAAACAUCUUUGUUUGCGGAUUUUAAGGAUAUUUGCUGCACUUAAAUAUCUUGAGCAAAAUAAACAAGAAAAACUUAAGUUCAGUGGCGGGCAAAGUGUCUGUGGAGAAAUAGAGCUGGAAAAGGCUUUGGUGGGGAGUGGGUUGACAUUCUUGACCUCACAUUGUCCUGGUGCACUUCCUUCUUCAGAUAUCCAACAGUCAUGAUAAAUGUCUUGACUGAUAAACUCUUCUGGUCCUAAUCCCUAGGUAUGAGAACUCCCAUGUCAUCUUACUUUCAUUUCGUCUAUCGCUGAUCUUUUUCAUUCACAGCCAAGCAGCGAUGAUACCACAGGCUUGGUAGUAGACCCCUAUAUAAUUAAAUGAUGCAACCCCAUGCUAGCUCGGUGCAGGUCCCCCCACAACACACAGGCCUCCUCUUGGUGAUGGAGAAAGGCGACAAGACUUUAUUUCUCUCACCACAAUGAAUCUCCUACGUGGCCUCAAGCGAGUCUACAGGCAGUAUUGUAUUCAGCUCUUCUGUUUCGUCAUCUUCUCAACCCUUGUCUUCAUUUACACGGCUUACCCCUCCAGCGAGCGAUCGCAGUACAUGUCCUCGGCUUCCAUACACGAGAGACUUUCUCCACCCGUCACCACGGAGCCAGUCGCGGGGAGUCUAGACAGAAAGCUCAACAAGACAACUAGUCUUUCCACCCAAUCUCCAGCCCACGUUAACAGAACUACCAAAGACAUCUUUAACAAAAUCCAGACAAAGAACGUUCAACACGAUUUGACUGCAAGCUGGAAUUAUCUGAGGAAUCUGCACACCAUUGUUCAGUCCUUGCAGCUCAUCGAUGAGGAUUAUCUGCGAGACAACUCGUCCUUCUUUCAGCUUCGACCACACGUUGUCAACAGCUUUGUCCCGAAGGUUAUUAUUCAGGCUUUUCCUCUGUGUCCAGAGGAUGGUCCGUUUCUGUUGGUCGCUGUGCCCUCCGUAGCAGAUCACACAGAGCAAAGGGAGGCUAUCCGCAAGACAUGGGGGAGCCUGGCUCGUGGAGGGUCGUGGCCACGGAGGUCAGGUCCAUCUUACGAGAUGAAGGUCGUAUUCUUCCUCGGUGUUCUCUCAAAAGCAAACAUGACAGAGCUGAAAGCAGAAUCUGACCUCUAUGGAGACAUCGUCAUGGGCGACUUUGUCGAGAGUUAUCGCAACCUGACGAUCAAAAUGGGGUUCGUCUUGCACUGGAGCGUCACCUUCUGUGCGAACACUCAACAUGUGUUAAAAAUAGACGAAGACACGUUCGUGAAUAUGCCUCUUCUCUUUGACCUCUUGGCCACCAUCUCCAACCAGAGGAAGGUCUACAUUCUGGGCCACAGACACACGCACUCGAAGCCUGCAGUCGUUCGCUAUGGACGCUGGGAAGUGGACAGAGCUGCGUACCCGCUUCCUUACUUCCCGCGCUACCUGUACGGGCAUUCGUACGUGAUAUCCCAUGAUGCCUUGAGCAGUUUGCUCCUUGCUUUCCAUCACAUGCCGACGGUAUUGUCGGAGGAUUCUCACCUGACGGGAAUAUUGGCGAAAACGAUGAACAUUCCUAGAAUCCACUGCCCGUACUUUGCCGUCAUUUCCAACACGAACAAGUGCCGAUUGCUGGAAGAUGUUGUGAGUCUGACUAGUUUUAGGGGUGCGAAAGACCUUCUGAAGAUGUGGGACAGUAUAGUGACAGGUAAAUGUGAGUAGUCAUCCUUUUUUUGUAACUGUUCUGUCCUUUACAACAAUUCAACCCCACAGGCUAGCAAUAGAGACACAAGACAGACUCAAAAGCUAAGUGAAUAUAACCUUGUGUCCGUUCUUUAUUGACGCAUUUGUCAAAAACCUUUAUUGACAUGAUAACGAGAGAUUUAGCAAACAAAACUGAAAAUGAAGAAGCAUUUAAUUCUGGUUUUUAAGUUGCGAACAUCGUGUAGUAAAAAGCGGACCAUACGGGCGAGUGAGCAUUGUAACGGCCACUUGUCUAGAAUAAUUGUGUGAAGGGGAUAUCAAAACUUUUCGGUGAUUAAGGUGCUGAGUUGAACAUUUUAAACUGGCACAGGAAUGAAUCACGGACACGCACAGACCUUCUGGCGACAUUUUCUGUCACGUGGUGUCUUCAUCGUGACUACAGUUGACAUGACAGUGGUGAAACCUGUAGCCUGUGGUUCCCAGCCUCCGGUGUGACUAAACCUUUUUCUCCAGUCGCCCGCCUCUGUCGCUGUCAGGUAUCUGUCAACACAUUGCCCCGUGCUAUCAAAACUGUUUUCCCCUCAUCGGCGGCCAUUUUUCUCGCGAGACUUCACGCCACAGGCUGACACCGGAGUUCGACCUAUUGACCUCUCGGAGCUGCAGCAUGGCGAAGCUUGUCACUCCUGUCAUGGCGACAUGGCUGUGGGGGUCAUCUGCGUGGGUUGAAAGGAUGGAUGAUUGGAGCUUGCAGGUGCAUAGUCAAGCAUGCAAAUGAAAUGUGAGAAGGGAGGUUAUUCUUUCUCGUCCUGAUGGAGCGGCGUGUAACCGUGGCACGUGUGGAGUAAAGCACACAGCCUCCCACACACACCUCAGGCACAGAGAGAGCUCGAAGUGAAAAAAAACAAACAAACCUGCAGUCCAAGAGGAAAGUGAAAAAAUCAUACAUUUAAUAAACUACUCAAGAUGUAAUAAUAAUUAUCAUACACAUAGAAGGAGUGUACAGCUUUGACGAAUCAUACAUUAAACGAAUUCAUUCUGUA